AAGCUGCUCAGGAUCGUGUUGAAAAUGCUGGGAGACAACAGGCAAUUAACCGUGAAAAGAGACCUUUACACAGACCCCACGUUUCCAGCCAAUGAUACCUCUAUAUUUUUUGAUUAUUGUACCCCGCUUGCCCAAUUCAGAGGCGAGAUAUCUUGGUUGAGACCUAAGGACAUUUGUUCUACUCCUCGGUUAUUUUCAAACAAUCUACAGGAUGUACAAGUGAAACAAGGAAUUUUAGGAGACUGUUGGUUCCUGUGUGCCUGUGUAGCUUUGCAGAAGAGUAAAUACCUCCUGAAUAAGGUGAUUCCUCCAGGUCAGCCCAGCUGGACAGAUGAGUCGUAUCGAGGCUGUUUCACGUGUCGAGUCUGGCAGUUUGGGCAGUGGGUAGAAGUGACCAUCGAUGACCGUUUGCCUUGCCUUGGUGGUAAACUCUGCUUUUCCCACUGUCAGACAGAGGAUUUGUUUUGGCUUCCACUGUUGGAAAAAGCUUAUGCAAAAGUGCAUGGAUCAUAUGAACAGUUAUGGGCAGGACAGGUGGCAGAUGCUUUGGUUGAUCUGACUGGAGGAAUUGCUGAAAGAUGGACCCUGAAAGGCCCUGGAAGAAACACAGAGGAAGAAAAGAAUGGCAUGUUUUUGGAGAAGGCAGUGUUUAGAAGAUUAAUGAAUCUGAAGGAACAAUGUGUAAUAAGUUGCUCAGUCCUCAAUUCCAGACAAGGUGCAAGUGAACUGGGAGAAUUUCAUGCCUUUAUUGUGAUAGAUGUGUUGAAUCUGUCUGAAGUGUCAGACAAGGAAAUCUUCCUUCUGAGAAUACGAAAUCCUUGGGGGAGGCGGUGCUGGAGAGGUCCCUGGUGCAAGGGUGGUCAAGGAUGGAGCCAGCUAAAUCCAGCAGUGGCCUCAGAGCUGCUCUCACAGAUCCAAGAGGGAGAAUUCUGGGUUGAUGAAGAGGAAUUCUUUAGGGAAUUUGAUGAGAUUACCAUGGGCUUUCCAGUCAAUGAGGAAGGACAACUUCAGAGCCUCUAUACAGAGAAAGUGCUGUGUCACUCACAGAAUCUUUUUGGAUCCUGGGUGAGAGGCCAAUCUGCAGGUGGCUGCCGUAACAACAGCAGCUUCCCUACCAACCCAAAGUUCUGGCUGAGAGUCUGUGAAAAGAGUGAGGUGUGCAUUGCUCUGCUGCAGAAACAGCGCAAGUACACUGCAGACUGGGCUGGAAGAAUUCAAAAUCUCACUCACUUAGCAGAGGAGAAUCUCUCAUUGACAGAAGGGACACAGGGGAGGAAUUACCAGGCUGUGGGAUUGCACGUCUGGAAGGUGGAGAAGAAACGAUUUAACCUUCCAAAGACCCUCUCUACUCCUCCAGUUGUCGGUACCAUCUGUCACUCCUAUGAUAGAGAAGUGCAUAUAUGCUGUGACCUUUCACCUGGAUUCUAUCUUGUUGUUCCCAGCACUUUUCUGAAAGAUGCAGUAGGGAAUUUCUUGCUUCGUGUCUUUUCAACGGGAAGGAUCUCUCUCAGUGAGCUAAAGCCACCACCCACAGAUGCUGCGUGCUCUGAAGAGUUCCCAGCAGGUGAAUGGGAGACAGUGCAGCUGCAUGGAUGCUGGAAAAAUGGGCAAAGUGCUGGAGGCAGCAGGAACUUCCCCUCCUUCCAUAUCAAUCCCUGCUUUCCCCUGUCGAUUCCUGCAGGACCAGGAAAGAGCAGUGUGAAAGUUACCCUCCGUCAGCACUGCCAAGACAGCAAGUGUCGUCCCAUAGGUUUCCACAUUUUCCAGGUGCCUAACAGCAGCUGGAAACCACAUACUUCCUCUUUCCUGCACUUGGAGCCAGUGGUUAGCUGUGUACCUCAUUGCUAUUCCCAGGAAGUGAGCCAGCUUUGCCAACUUCCUCCAGGAAGUUAUGUAGUUAUUCCUUCUACCUACUUGCCCAAUACAGAGGGCAAUUUUACAGUGGUCAUAGCAACCAAAAUAGACAGGAAGCGCAUUCACAGCCAGGAAACACUUGGACAAGUGUUGCAAGAGAUUGCAUUUACAACUGUGAUGAAAAGGUGAUCUGUGAUUCUCACACUGUCAACUUGAAAACCAUUGGAAAGCCAAGGGAUUUCCAGUCACCACUCCGGGUUCUCAGUUUUAAAUGUAAUAACAAGAAGAUACUCUUAGCCCAGCUGUUUUUCACCGGUACUGUCGGGCUUAUGAUGACUUCUUUGUAAAAAUACCUCCUUAGUCAUGUAAACUCUGAAUAUUUGUUCUUCCCAUGUUUUUUAGGGACAGCUUGUACAGUAGAUAUUCAUAAUGUACCUCAGUUUGUAAAAACCACAGGUGAAGAAUAGGUGCAUGUUUUAACCCAAGCUACAGUUGUAGAGGAAAACCAGAAAACAUCUGUGCAUAAUUAAAUAAUGUUUUGGGGGAAAAAAAAUAAAAUCAAGCUUACAGAAUAACUUCAGGAGACCAAAGGGGUAAACACAGAGGGAAGAAACUGGAGUCCUUUUUCACCUCAAGAAUGAUCAAAAUACACUGGAGCAGAGAAAGUCCAGGCUUAUAUCCUACACUGCCAGUCAUGCUGCUGAGCACUUUAUCUUGGGCCCUUUGCUUGAACUGUGCAAAUGGUGGAUUUGAAAAGAAAGACUUUUGUGGUGAGUUUUUCCUUAAUGAACACAACAAAGAGGAAAGAUAAGACUUGAAAACUUUUCUUCAUGAACUAUUAUGUCAGACUGCUUUUGUAAAUCUGUACAAAUGUUUUAUGCAAGACCUGCCCUCGCUGUAAGAAAUACAAACUUUAAGAGAUUUUUCUUAAUUUAUGUUUGAGAGUAUUUCUUAUUCAGGGAGGAUAUUUUUAGAUGUUAUAUUUUCCUCAGUAAAAAUGGAGGAACAUUGAGAGUUUUAUGACGUCUUUUAUUAAAAAGGUGAAAACUGUUGAUGUCAAGUCUGCAUUUUUGUUCUGUAAUAGCAAACCUUACAGUGUGUUAGGAUCCUGGGUAAGGGAAUAACUGGAAAUGUUUGAGAGAAGAUUCAAGUCUUCCAUUAGUUUUACAUCUGAGAAAUGUGCAAUAUUCUACUUCUGCUUUUAAGUACAUCCUAGAAUAAUUUAUACUUGUUCCUAUUGAACUUUGAAAAUACAAAGCAUCUAAGAUGCUUGCAGCCAAGUUUUAAGUGGUCAAAACUUGCCACAUCUCUUGUGAAAUGAUGAGACAACAGAAGAAAAGAUUGUGUAAUAAUUUUUUACUGUGCCUGCUUUAACAAACAUUGGCAUCUUUUUUAUUUUUCUUUUUUUUUAAAGCUGUUCCUUUCUUUUCAAAUAGGAAGUUGUUGGAUGAUAUAAUAGUAUUUCUAAACAGAAGAAGGAAAGGUUCACAAAAGCACCUGGAUCUGAGAGUUGUGAUAAAGUAGGAAACAGGUACUGAGGAAGGAUAGAACAAAUCUAAGGAUUUAUAAAUGGACUAUGAGGCCCCAUUCUGCAAUCAUGUGUGCAUAUGUGAAGUCUGUACUGCAAUAUAUAAUGCUUCAAUAGAGUGUGAAAGGAAAAGGAGUCAAAACUAGGUGUCUGUGCUCUGCUACAUUCUGUAAAAGCAUGUGAGAAAAGACCUUGUGUCAACAUGGAGCAGUAACAGCAUACUAAUGACUUUUUUUUUAAUUCAUGCAUCAGUGUGAUGCUUCACUGAGCACAUGUGGCAGAUCUCUAAAAUCCUACAUCUAAUUCAUUGCUACUGUGAGUGUGAAAAUACCUUUUUUCAGUAACAUAUUGUUGUGUACUUGUCUGUACUGUAGGAUGCAAUUAUAUAAUUUUGACAUGUACACUUAUUGUAAUUUCAAAAAGCUCAAACAUGAAGUCAGAUCUCCUAAAUAAAACCACUCUAGGACUGCUCUGAGUCAUACUGAGCUACCUAUGUUUGAAUACAAUUGAAACAGUGAUAUGUGUUCUUGAAAUCACUAUAUCUGCAAUUAUUGACCCGUUGAGUUCCCUCUGCGUUGUAGUCUGUUGCAGACUAGCGUGGGAUAGCACAGAGUUUAUAUGGAUGUGGCUGCAAUAUUGCACCCAAAAUGUACUCCAAGUUGAUUUCCUUUACUCCCUCGGGGAGCUGGAAUGUGAAUGCCCGAAGGAGGUUGGUAAAGAAGAUGAACAGUUCAACUCGUGCCAUCUGUUCCCCCAGACAUACACGGUGCCCUGCAGAAGAAGGGGAGAGUUAGUUGUAUAAAGUUCAGUUCUGAGAAAGAUCUUCAAACAAAUUCUGUUAAUGUAAGAAUUCUUUCCCGUUUUCUUCUGUAAGGACAGAAGAUGCAUUUGGAGAUAGGGAAAGUAUUUAUUUAACUGAGAAACUGUACAUCUCUAUUUAUAUCAAAUGCUUGGUUUGGAUUUUGUCUUUGUGUUUUGGUUGGUGGGUUUUUUCCCUCUGGAGUAUAUGCAAAAUUCUCCCUUUCCAUUUCUGCUUUUUGUUCUGUGACAAUGAUGUAUUGUUUCUCAGUUAAGCCAAAUUUUAAAAGGCUUUGUUUACUUCAGGGUUUUAUCUUUGGUUGUUGUGGACUGGAACAAUGUGGGAUGCAAUUCUGAAGCCAGGUAGAAUGGUCACAGAACGGUAGGGGUUGGAAGGGACCUCUGGAGAUCAUCUAGUCCAAUCCCUCUGAUGAUGUUAUCAAGCUUUCUUCAACAGCAAUUAAGAGGGCUGUAUUGGGUCCUUGUAGCUCACCAGCUCUAACACUGGCCAGGAGCAGAUAGGUAAGCUAAGGGAACAAAACAUAGGCAUGUACAGGGAUGUAUCUAUAUAGACUCAGUGACUCAUUUUGGCAUAUUGUUUUCACAGUAUAUUUUGGGAUAUCUAUAUAUUCCAGACUAGAAAAACCUAACACAUUCCAGUUACAGAAAUACUUGGAUUAUAUAAACAGAAAACAACCAAAGCAAGUUAGAGAACUUCCUAUGCCUGGAUUGAAAUGGUAGUCUAAGUUAGAUCUCGAUUCAUAAAAGCUAGUGGGCAUUUGGUGAGAUGCUAAGUACCUGUCUUGCAAAUACGAUUUUAGGUUUUAUAGGCAGUUUGGGCAAAUGUGUUUUAAAAUCUGGAUUUACUGUUUAAUCUGACUGUUCUGUGUGUUACUUGGUAUACUAGUUGCUUUUUAUCUACAACAAAUGUAUAAUAGCAUAGUUUGUCCCAGGAACAUAAAACCAUCUCAUCUGUUUCCCAGUGUCAUUUGUUGUUUAAUUUAAUGCCAGCUUCCUGUUUUGUGCUCUGCAUUUCUUCAUUAUCUGUUUAUUGGACCAACUGGUAGUCUAGAGAAACCCUGAGCUCUGUUUUAUACUGCUUUUCACUCUUUUUUUUUGGUCCUCUCUCAUGUCUUUGAAUUGCUGCAUUUUGCAUUGUGAAUGAGAUAAGUUGUAUUUAUAUGCUUUUGAAAGGUUAGAAUUUUUUCUUACUUGCCUAAUAAUAUUCUACUGAAAAGACUGGAUGUUGCUAGUUUUGUGGAGACAGAAGGGAAGCUGGUGCUAAAAUAUUACUGUAGAAUUUUGCAGACUGAGGUUUGGUUUCCUGCUUUACCACAGAUUUUUCUCUGUAGAUCUUGACAAA